UAGCGUAACGAAAAAACGUAAGACGGUUUAAAUAACGUAAGGGACGAAAUGAAAGCACAAAAAAGGACGAAUAAGAAGAAGAACCGAACACAUGUUCGCGCAAAAUCGAUGAAUAAAAGUGCAAAGCGAAGACCAAAAACUGAAAAGUGCAGCUUUAGCGGCGAAAAGUUAACAUAAAUUGCAGAAGAAACCAAUUGGCGAGCAGUCGAGGAGAAUUCCGUCGCCUGCUGGUAAACCAGGAAAGACAGAUCGCGCCAGAAAAAGCCACGGAAGAUGGGAAUCACUGGCGAAUCAGCAGCGGCCACAACAGCCGGAAUGGGAGCGGCAAAUGGUGCGGCUGGGUCGGCGGUGGAGGGAAAACCAAUACUGUCGCUGGAGGCUUUUCAGGACAUUUUUAAACACGUCGAACCGGAUGUGCAAAUUGAUGCCUUUGAGCUGGCUCAGGGCUCCGGCCGGGGUGACAACUAUACAGCCGCCCUGUACCGCAUAAAUCUGAGCGGAAAGCGGCAGAAUCUGGACGGGAGUCAUCAUAAGUGGGAGCAGAAGGUUAUCUGCAAGGUUAUGCCCGAAAGCGUUGUUCAGAGGGAAGCCUACAAGAGUGACAAGCUAUUCCGAAACGAGGUGGAGUUCUAUACCACCAUCCUGCCAGAGUUGUUGAAGUUCCAGGCUAGUAAAGCUGGACCUGAAGAGCCACUGUUCAAUGCAAUACCAAAAUGUUUCACAGCCAGACAUGACCUUUUGAUAAUGGAGGACCUUCGGGAACGUGGCUUUCAGAUGACCGACCGGCACAAAGGGCUCAGCACGGAGGAGACGCAGUCCGUCCUAUUGCAGGUGGCACAGCUUCACGCCCUCAGCCUGGCCUACAAGUUCGAACACCCGCUGGAGUUUCGAAAGCUAUGCAGCCUCAUUAGCGAAGGCAUCUUCUGCACGGCGAACACCAGCUGGUACAGAAACUACUAUGAACACCUUACGAAGAAUGCCAUUCAAAUGGUGUCGGAUGUUCUGCCCGCCGAUUCCAAAUAUGUCGCGGCCAUUAGAAACUUCGCCGAGAGUUCCUCCUUCUUUGGACGAAUGGUUCAGAUGGCCAGUGCCGAGUCACCACUCUCAGCCAUUUGCCACGGGGAUUGUUGGGUGAAUAACUUUCUCUACCACUAUAAUCCGGAGGACUCGCAGCAGGUUCUCGAAGUGGCUCUCAUCGACUUUCAACUGAUACGCUACAGCUCGAUUGCCCUGGACAUAGCGAAUCUGCUGUAUUGUUGUACCACAAAGGAGAUGAGGGAUGCCAAUCUCCAGACGCUACUGAAGACGUAUACAGAGGAGCUAUUUCGGUGGCUUGAAAUCAUGUGCACGACUCUGCCCGAGCAUUGUGACACAUUAGAGAAGCUUCAAGAUCUGUUUGCCGACGAACUUAAAUCCUAUGGGCGAUUUGCGCUUGGAUUGGCCUUGGAUAUUAUUCCCAUUAGCACUGGCUCCUCGGAGGAUGCUCCCGACAUGUACUUGCAAGGCAAAAAAGAUUACGAAGAGGAUGUGGGAGCACCCACUCUCAAUUUUCCCCCAAAUGACUUGUGCCGCCAAAAAAUGUCAGAAAUUGUCAUCGACAUGGUGGAUCGGGGCAUGCUUUAGGCCAGGAAUGAAUCAUAAUAGAUCUAACACCAAUUACCAAUAAUCUACCAGCUCAGAAGCACAUAACAUAACACAUAGUUAUAUGCAAGUUAGUGAAUAUUACCAGUAGCUUAGCAAGACUUUGUAAGAUUAGGUGCCAACGUUACUAAUACGAUUAUUUUCAUGCAGACAGUUUCCAAGAUGGACAGGGUAGAAAGAGGAUACCAUUAUACCUAGACUA